AGUCACACCACUUAGCAUCCCUCUUGAAGACUGCCGUGAAGACCUGUGCUCAGACCCACAUAGCAACGGAAACAGAGCAGCCACAGCUAGAAUUCAUUACCAAGGCCAUUGACCACAACCUCGACCGUAUGAAAGAGAAACUGAGCCAGCGGUAAUGGCAGCCACUGUAUUUGUAUAUUGUUAGAUUAGUUCUAGGAAAACUGGCAUAUGAUAUGUGUAUUGUUGCUAGAGUAAUAUUGGAUAAAACAGGGUGUCAAACUCAAAACCCUUGGCAGAUAAAUUUUCCAUUCAUCUAUGAUCUUGAGGGAUUGUGUUACUAAAAUUGGCAUUAUAUACUUGAUUGUAAAGUUUAUUUUACUUACAAGAUUUGAGAUGUUGAUACUAAUGGUAACAUAUUGUAUAUGGUGUUAUUUUCCUUCAUGGUAAUCACAAUUUCACAGGAUAAGGGUGAUAAGCUUUAUUAUCAUCCCAAGGAACCCAAUUAGUCUAUGGACCAUAAGUAUGACACCCCUGACUAUUUCAUUAAUUUCAAAAACACAAUUAUAGAAAAAAACUGAGUGUAAUUGUUGAUAUUUAAAGGACUGGCUUAAGUAAUCAUGUAAAAUGGCCAUUUAAAAGGCUGAAAUAGCAAAUGUGCUGUAGCCUGCACAUAAAGAGUGUGGCAGGCCACAUAUUUACCUCAUUGGUAGACUGUGUUGCUGUUCUUAUGCCAAAAUUGUGUUUGUAUGAAGAAUGUCUUUGAAAUAUUAUGCAACACUGAUUUUAUAUGGAAAUUUGCCAUAAUAUCUGAUGGGCAUGAUUUAAUGAUUUUCUUCAGUUGCUGUAAAAGAGAAAUUUAUUUAUUUUUUAAGCUAUAUCUGUGUCAUUGAAGCCUAUAAUAUAAACUUGGUUUGUUAUUUUGCUGCAUUUUAUGUUUGAUGCAGAAUUAAAUAUAUUUCAAAAUGUUCAAA